AAACUCUUUAGCCAAGGCACGGGGACAUAUAGAGAAUUGUUUGACCAUCUUUAGUUUGGCAAGUUUGGGGCUGUUUUAAGAACUUCAAGAGGACAUCUUGCUGUGGAAAAGUACCGGCAUGUCCUCUGAGGAAGAGAAUACCUCUCCACCUCCCUCCUCCUCUGCCUCUCUACCUCCCUCCUCCUCUGCCUCUCCACCUCCCUCCUCUUCUUCCUCUCUACUUCCCUCCUCCUCUGCCUCUCCACCUCCCUCCUUUUCUGCCUCUCCACCUCCCUCCCCACACUUCAUUGGGAAGAGAGAGGAUAUCAUGCAGGCCGGGAGAGUGGUGAGGAGGGUGAACGACUGCAGGGAUGUGCUGGUCCUCUACUAUCAAGGGGAGUUUCAUGCCAUGGAUUUGCGAUGUUACCAUUCAGGUGGUCCACUUCAAGGAGGAGACAUUGAGGAUUUUAAUGGACGCAAGUGCAUCGUGUGUCCGUGGCACAAGUACAAGAUCACUCUGGCAGAGGGCGAGGGGCUGUACCAGGCUGUCAACCCCUCAGUUAAGCCCCCCAAACCCACCUGGCGCUCCAAGGGGGUCAAGCAGAGGGUUCACAAGGUCACCGAGGCCGACGGCAAUAUUUACCUCACGCUGAAUGACUCAGGGGAGGCUGUGGAGUCUGACUUCUAUCAGACGGAGAGAUACAGGGAGCUCUUUCAGAGGACCCAGCCCAAGCCCUUAAAAUGACAACAGGAUAUGAUGUCAUGGACAUUGGGAACAAGGGAUGGCAGUCAAGUUCAAUACUUUGUUAUUGUACUUGAGUAGAUUUUUCUGGUAUCAGGACUUAAGUAUUUAUUUUUCAGACAACUUUUUACUUUCACUCCUAACA